AUGCCGCACAUAUUCGUGCCGCCUGUCGCGACGCAGCGGGCUCAUCCUGCAGCAUGGGAAUUAUCGUCGGGAAAGAACAAGCGCAAGAGAAUGAAACCUCAGAAAAAUGAUGCUGCACAAGGCGAGGAAGAAGCCAGCCAGACACUGUAUGGUAUAAACAGUCAACCUGAGACCGUUGUUAAUCUCGAUUAUACCGCUGUUGUGUCUCCGGCCGAGAGACUUCAACGUCUUAUAGCUAAACAGCCGCUGGACCAGCCUCCACCAUCCUUCCCAUUUCCACACGCUGCGGUACCUUUGCACAAGAGGUGGGCAGCACGAGAGGGACUUGAUGAGGAAAAUGAUGGCUCCCAAGCGUCAAAUCUGUCGGACAGCUCACGAUCUCUGCACAUUCAGCAUCUUGCUGCCUUGACUACAAUACUCCACCGGUCGCUCCUCGAGGAAGAUUUCCCUCGUGCUGCGCGCGCUCUAGGCUUGAUCUUCCGUGAGGAUAUCGUCAGCAAAAAUGCUGCCGCCCGUACUCAAGGGUAUAUGGGCAUUGCGGCUGAAGUGCUUCUGCGUAAUGGAUCUGCCAGAGAACCGACUCCUGACCACAGGGGUUCUACGCUUCCAUUCACGCAUGAGGGUUUCGCAAAAGCCAAACGCUUUUAUGAGCGACUUAUCGUUAGACAUCCUUACCACAAGUCAUGGCCCGAGGCUGUCAAUGCUGUUGACUAUUACCUCGCCAUGUUCAACAUUUGGAUCUACGUGGUGCAGGCCCAGUAUGCAGCCAAGUCAACCGCGCAUGAGGACGGCGAGAGUGAUGUGGAAACCGUCACGUCUUCUCCUUGGGGAUCACACAAGAAGGUGAGAGAACUUGAACAGGCUGAUCAAAUCGCAUCCAGGAUGGACACUUGCAUGGCGACUGUUCCGUACAUGGAUGAACCCGAGCUCAUCAGACUCCGUGCAAUGGUUGCGCUUUGGGCAGCUGAUCUCCACGAAGAUUGUGCCUAUCUCUCUCGGGUCGGUGGUGUGAACUCUGUCGACAUGUCGUUGGAUCCGGAUUCUCCGACAGCACCGCUGAACGACGACCAGUCAAGCCAGGCUUCUGACCAUGACGAGCACAGACGCGAGGCUGCUCGGGCACGUGACAAGGCGCGCGACCUCUUGUCAAGGCUGGAAAGUGAAGCGAGAAGCGACGGAGGAUGA